AGGGGAACCGUCUUUACGCCCGGAACGUUGAUGCCAGGAUGCUGUUUUGCGGCCGGACUCCUUAAAGCAAGCAACCAGGGCAUCUCAAGAUGGCGGCGUGCGCGUUGUGGUCCUUUUCACGGAGGCCGGUGUACCGAUUAGUUUCUUCACAGACAAUUGGGAACUUUCCGCGCCAAACCUUCGCUUUCGUUCCGUCUGGUUCUGAAUUCCGGAGCUCAUAUAGCUUGGACAAACUUUACCCGUCGCAACAAAAUGAAACCGACAAAUCGAAGGAGCAGGCAAACCAGACUAUUCCUGAUAUCCCAGUGGAUCGUUUGUCUAUAUCCUAUUGCCGAAGCAGUGGUCCAGGUGGCCAGAAUGUUAAUAAAGUGAAUAGUAAGGCAGAAGUUCGAUUCCAUUUGACAUCAGCAGAUUGGAUUGCAGAAGAUACACGGCAGAAAAUGGCAGUGAUGCAUAGGAAUAAAAUCAGUAAAGAUGGGGAGCUCAUAGUCACAUCUCAAGUAAGUCGCUACCAGAUGAGGAAUUUGGCAGACUGCCUGCAAAAAAUCAGAGACCUGAUUGCAGAAGCCACAGAGAAGCCUCAGGUUGUCUCCCGAGAGAACGUGCAGGUUAUCAGAGAAAGAGUGGAGAAAAUGAACCGUGAGCGUCUCAGGCAAAAAAAAAUCCGCUCGGCUAUAAAGCAAAGCCGAUCUCAAUCUAUGGACUUUGACUGAAUGCACUGGAGCGAGAAUGGGUUGGAACACUUUCUGGGACCUUUUCUUUUCCUUGGUUUGGAAAGAAAAUAGCUCUUAAGUUCUUUAUGUAAAAAUAAAGCUUGUACUAUAACAUA